AAUUCAGUUUGUGAAAGAAAUGUGAACGCUGUGCAAUGUAUUUGUAUUUAUGAUCGCUAUUCGUAUCUUAUUUCAAUCGAAUCGAGUAAUAUUUUGCAUAUUUUCGGCGACUAGUUUUGUUCGGUAAUACGCCAAGUAACUGUCAAAUGAUUCUGUGUCGCGUGUGAUGCAGAUAACCCGAUUUAUAUACGAAUAAUUAUGCAAUCAAUGAGUUGAUUCGAGAUAUAAUAUGCACUUCGAUGCGUGAAACUACUUAUUCAGAUUGUCCGAUUAUUGAAUAUCAAAUUCUAAUCGAAAACUAGUUUGAAAAAACAAAAACAAAAAAGUAAAGAUGAUUUCUCAGAUUCGUGAAAGAAUGAGACUCGAAGAAAGCCCUCUGAAAUAUCCCACCUCUCCGGCUACUUUACUUCAAUUCGCUGCGACCAGACUAUUCAACAUCAAUCCGAACGAAGUAGGUACGUUUCCCUCAUGCUCGCAUAGACACCACCAUCAGCUGCAUCAUGAACAUCGAAGAAUACCCUCUGUAUUAUCCUACGAGGCCCGCAACGCUUCAGGAAUUCGCUGUUACCCAAGUGGCAUUACGGUUAUGCCAUUUCGAAUGUAUGAAUCCUGUUGACAUCAAAAACUGUCCGAAUCGACCCAGCUGCGAUGUGUUUUUAGGCAGACUCGCCCCGAGCAUCAAAAAAAGCAUCGAUAAGCGUAUCAUCUCGAUUAGUUCAGAAAUCAGAAAAGUGUUCGAUUACUUCAUGCGCGAUGAAACCGCUAUUUUCUUCAGUACCACCGAUACAGGCGUUUAUCAGCACACUUUUGCAAGGUGUUUCGAUAGUUUUACUUAUGGGCCCGAUGCCGCCAUCAGUUUGGAAGCCACUGGAAAGAAUUUAAUGUCGAAUGACAAUUUGAGCCUGAUAGAAAAGUACAGAAUUGCUUGUACAUUUUGUUUCGAAGACGAUGUCCGUAGGAUGUGGCCGUCGGUAUCGAACGAUGAAAGUAUAAAUACUCCCGAUUAUAUAAAGGAUCCUAUGCUGCAUUACUGGGCUCGUCAGAUAAAUUACGACAGACACGAACCUCCAACUUACCGAUAUAUUAUGAGAAUGCUGAAACGGAGCUGUGAUAAUUGGGCUACAUUUAAAUACAUGUUGAAUCAAAACAGCUUCGAGGAUCAGUUAUCAGAUCUUAGUGAUAUGUUUGACACGUAUAAUUUGAAAAACGUCGUAUGCUUGUUACCAAAAUUGAAUAGAGCUCAAGCUGAUCACGUGUUGCGACAUUUUCCUCAUAAAAUUAUCAUGGAAUUGUCAUCGAAAGAGAAAUACUUGGAGUAUUUACUUCAGAUUUGGUCUAUGGUCAAAGAUAAUUUUAGUAUUGGUAGAUUUAUGGGGGUGAUCGGUGUGUUAUGUAGUAAAGCGUUCCGAUGUAAAAAUAUUGAAAUAGGUUUACAAUUUAGGCUCAGAGGACGUCCAGUUGUAGUCAACGUCGAAAAUAAUAUUCAACCAAAUGCAAGCGCAUUAGAUCCAUUGCUGCAUGAUCCUACGACCAUCAGAUGUAAAAAAUUGUAUAACGAUGCGAAUGCUCUAUACGAAAUUUGGAUCAACGCUCCGGAUAAUUUGAAAAAUCAAUUUACUACCCGUUUCGCUAAAAAUUUAUUCAUUAAAUUGAGCAAUUUCGAUCGCGAUAACAGAAUUGAGUGUUAUAAUCACGAUAUGCGAUUUUUUAUGCAACUUUUAACAGACAUGUCGUUCGAAACGAGGAAUGAAAUAUGGCGUGAGCAUUGGCUCGUGUUCGUGAUCCGUUCGCGUCCGAAAUUUUUGCAUCAUUUUCUCAGAUUAUGCUUGAGAAACGACGAAAUCCAGCCAUUUGUAGAAACUGAAAUGAUGAAUUACGCGACGGUUGAAAAGUUCAUGGAAUUCUUACUGAAACGAAAUCUUUUAAAAGAUGUGAUCGAAUAUACGAAUUUAUGCUCGUCGAAUCAACUUAUUGUUCGAAAUUUCCAUAAAGAAAUCUUGACUAAUCGAUUCUUAUGCGAUGUGGGAUUCGAUAAAGGCUUCGAGUUGAGCGAGUUUAUCGAUGGUUGCUACGAAAACGUCGAUGAAGCUAGGCAAUUCAAACAAAUGUUGUUUUUCAACUCACAUUUUCAAUCUUCAUUGCAUUCGAAAAUAGAAAAAGGAUUGGCGAUCGAUGUGAAGCGUCUUACCGAUGUUUUUCUUUAUUCCGAGUCCGACCUAUCUGAUAUUAGACCAGUACUUCUCAGAUGUUGGUUACGUUAUGCUUCUACAAUCGACGAUAUGGCCGAAAAAUUUGAUUUCGAUCACUGGAAGGAAUUUUUACUAUGGUGUGGUGGUAAUCACGACUUUUUAUCCAAGUUCAAAGAAUCCAUACGUGUGGAUAGUAUUUUCGAGGCGAUGCUGCUCGAAGCUGUUCCAAAACUCUCACUAUGGUUGGGUUCUUUGGAAAUAAAAAGAUCUGAACCGGUGCCAUCGUCGAGUAGGAAAUUAGAGGAGUUCGACAAUGUCGACGAAUUUUUAACGUGGUAUUUUGUUACUGGAAGAGCAAUUAGAGAUUAUAAACGAAGUAGGAUAUUAAACUAUCAAGAGAUGGAAGGUGUUAAAAAUGUGUUAUGCGCAAAUAACGAAUGCGUAGUGAAUGACGUUUUGAGAUGGUUUUUUGACGACGACCUCGAUGAAAUCGGGUAUUUCAAAACCGGUGUCUUAAAACGAUAAAAAAUUAUUUUGUGAAGUUUUUAUUCCUAUAUCUUAGUUGCUACUUGAAUGUUUGAAUUGAGACUAGAUCAUGUUUUAAUUUUUUAAGAGGAUUUUAUAAACAAAUUAUUCUUUUGUUAUUAUUUUACUUCAAUUUUUAUGCAUUCGUCUUCUUAUCCACCUAGACCUACCUAUUUGUAUACUCUAUUAAAAUAUAGAUGUACGCAUCUGUGAUGCCCUUUGUAAUAUGUAUUAUAUUCGUGACUAAUGUAUUCUGAAAAUUGAUAAUUGUUAUUUGCCUGAGCAGGUUUUACUUUGUACACAUUUAUACCAAUAGCUUAAGUCAAUCAUUGUAAAUGUCGUGUAGCAAACGACUGAAAAAUAAAGCGUUUUUAAUUUGA